AGGCCGGCCGACAGAGUGCCGAAGGGGCCGUCGGCGAACGUUUGCGUCUGCGACUCCUUGGAGGCGGCGGAAGCCCUCCGCAGCAACUUGGAGGCGCGUGGCCUGUGGGAGCAGUGCGUCGUGGUGGUCCCUGACUCCUCGGGGUCACCAUCAUCACUGAUUGUAAGGGUUGGUGCGAAAGUCAUCGCGAUGAACGCCGCCGUCGCCAUCGCAGAGUCGUUCGACGACUUGGACGGGGAGGCCGCGGUCGUGGUCGACCUGGAGCCGAUGCACCGCGUGUGGAACGAGUUGGCCGAGGCCGCCAGCAAGGACAGGGUCGGGCCCUUGGACGAGGAUCAGUUUGUCGAGGUGGACGGCACCCUCAUCUCGUCGUCGAUCGCGGAGCGGAGAAAGUUCUGGUUCGCCCUGAUCUCGCGGGCAAACAACGCGAAGACCGGGGGCUCGGUCUCGCUCCUGGCCUGGGUCUGGGAGAAGAACGGCGGCCUCGAUCGCCGGAGGCAGGAGGGCUACAGGAAGCAGAUCGAGCGGAUCAUGGCGAUGCGGAUCCCCGAGGAAACGCGGCAGAAGGCGAUCGACAAGGUGAAGGCGCAUUCCGAGAGCCUCGUU